AUGAUUUUUUUACUUAUCUCUUCAUUUCAAUUUUCAACGUCAAAUCAAAAGCGAAAUCGAUAUUAUUCAAGACACUUGCGAGAAAUUAUUGAUCUUUUGAAAAAACAAUUAGAAGAAGAAAUUUUAAUUAAUUAUAACAUAGGAAAUAACAAUGAUGAUUCACAAGAAUCAGAAAAUUAUGAAACUGAAGUUGAUCUUAAUGAUCAGGUUAAUAUUGAAUUAUGGAAUAAAUUAAAUGAAGAAGAUAUGAAUAAGAUGCCAGAAAUUAAUGAUUAUUCAAAUGAAACUGUAAAUAUUCUUCCCUUUUGGAAUUAUGCAACACAUAUUACUGAAGAAAAUCAAAAAGCAAUAACAGCUCAAAGUCUUGUUUCAGCACCAUUUAGUCGUUUAGUAUUAUCGACAGCAAAAUAA